AUGGCGUCCGCGUUCCAGACUACGUGGCAGAAUGCGCUCGAUGCCGAAAAGGAGCUUUUGAAGAGCCUCGCCGAGAAAGAGCCGACGUUCACGGAGAUCUCUCAAUUCCUUUCCGAGUCAGUCCGCUGCCUACUGUGUGGUAAUCAUUCGCGCAACCUGAAACUAACCACAGUCGCUUGUUACCGCAACAGAUUCCGUGUCGCCUGCCAGAAUGCCAUUCUACUCGACUUUGAAGCGGCUCGCGCUAACAACGUCGAGACUCGCCUUUGGGAUGCGCAUCUCAAAAUAAAUACGCGCUUUCGCAAAUUACUUGCUCGCUUUCGCGAGGAAAAUGGAAAGAAAAAGAGACCGGUGGAAAAGAGGAAGCUCGAAAAACACUACCUCGAGUUCAUCAAAUCCAGCCAGAGAUUCUACCGGGGAUACAUCCAACAACUGUCGUCACAUUUUGGGGGCAUCGCGGAACUCGAGAAGGUUGCGCGGAAGUUCAACUUUGACAUGUCGGUGUCGCGGUCAGAUCUUUCGGCGGAGGAGUCUGCCCCCGCCGUGUCCGACGAACUUCGAAAACGCAUCCUGCAAUCUUGUCACGCAACUCUGAUCCGUCUCGGGGAUCUCUCGCGCUACCGCGAAACCGAACUUGUUCCCAAGGACCGCAAUUGGGGUCCAGCCAUUGGGUAUUAUGACCUGGCAAUGGUAAUCCAUCCUGCCUCUGGGGCUUCGCACAAUCAGUUGGCCGUUAUUGCCCUUGCUGAUGGCAACCACUUGAGGGCCACUUAUCACCUCUACAGGGCGCUAGCCGCCCAGGAACCUCAUCCAUCAGCCAAGGGUAACCUGGAGAUUGAAUUUCGAAAGGUAAUGAAUGCUUGGGCCAAGAGGGAAUUGAUACGUCCGGAAGAUGCUGGGAUUCCGGGAAGAGCAUUGGCACCUUGGUUUGUUUAUCUACACGCCCAGUGCUACCGCGGGGCCGACUUCCCCGAACAUGAUGAGCUAGAGAGCGAAGUGCUCAACCAGCUAGCCGUUGACCUCAAAGAACGGUCUUUGGAAGGCACCUUGCAGAAAUUCUGUCUUAUCAAUAUUGCCGCGGAGGAUUUUUCCAGGACACGCUCAACUGGUAAAUCUCGGUCGAGUCGCAAAGCUGAAAGAGGAGUUGCUGAUCCAGAAUUAGAAGAAUCGGUGUCGAAUGCAAGCCUCUUCUUCCAGCGGAUCAAUGUGAAAACAUUUUUCACGCUGCUCCAAAUUCUGCUGGCUGAAGUGGAGCGCUUCGCCGUCGACGACUCAGGUCCCAACGACACAAAGACCGGGCCAGACAAGGUCACUGUUGUCGCUCGUCGCGUGCUCCCAGCUCUUCGGAACUACAGUUCCUGGCUUCUUACCGUCAGUCACUUACUGGUGGCCUACAAGGAGGAGAAAGACACUCCAUUGGCCGUUCAGAUCACGGAAUUUUGGAAGAUAUACGCCAACACGCUGACUCUCCUCGCCUCCACGUUCGAUGUGGUCCAUCUUCCAGAGGUCGACUAUCUUCUGGAGGAGGACGAAGAGACGUUGUGUUUUGUACCGCUGAUUAAAGAGGCGACGUCUCGUAGAUACUUGGAUACGAACGGCCGCCAGAAACCUCGGAUGAACGACCCUGGAGUGGAAAGAAAUCACCCCAACAUAGAAAUGCUCUAUCGAAUCCGCGAGUUCGUGAUCGAUGGCCUCGACUUGGUCGUGAGCAAUAAAAUCCCUGUUGCACUGGUCGACGACGAAAACAAGAAAACCUUCAUCUAUAAAGAAGAUGGCCUGCCCUCUCAGUUCUUUGCCAGCCCAUCCGGCCAUCACCACACGCUUUCGUCCGCGAGCAUUGAGCGAGACGAGGUGCAGCAGGUGGCGCGUGAUCCCCAGCAUACUGCGGAUGUGAAAAGUGUUUUCGGUGGUUCUCAGUCCGCCUCCGCGUCUAUGUCCGCCAGCAUGCACCGCAUCGUCGAAGGUGUAGAACGGUUGGUUGAGUCCGACACGUACGAGAACGCUCCCAUGGUUCCGGAACAGCUUGUUUUCCCACAAAGCGCCCAACCAACCUCCUCUCAGUACUUCGAUCCCAGCACGGACUCCAUCUUCCGAGAAGAGAACUUUCCGCCUCGCCAGACCCCCGUCGCUCCUCCAGGACUGGGGCCACCAAUGGCCUCUUCGGCGGCGCUGGCCCGGGGCCCCUCGCAGCAGUCCUACACACCGCGCCCCUCCCUGCCCGCUAUCCCCAGCAUAUGGAACACGGAAUUCUCGACUAAAGUAGGCGGGGAGGCCUCAGUCCCUCGAUCUCCACCAGGUCUAGGGCAACACCCAGGAAACAUCAUGCCGGGAAGAAUCGCUAGCCCCAGCAGCCAUGGUCCGUCUCAAGAUCCCGCCAUGAACGACCUCCUCCUUCGGCAAAAUCUCCUGGGCCAAUCGCAGCUCCAAAGCUCCCUCAACGGACCCAACCCUAUGUCUCCAUGGAUGUCAACAUCCAGUCCCGCCUCGCAUCAUAUUCAUCCCAGCAUGAGCUGGGACAGAGCCAGUGGCAUCGACGUCGGUCUGCCCAGCCAACCGCUAUCCAGCGGUAUGGUGAACGCCUCGUGGGCCAACGACGCCUUCCUCGCCAGCACGCUCACCUCGGGAGCAGGAUAUCCCAGCUCCUCGGGGUUGAGCAACAACCGCAGAUCCGCCUACGGUGCCAUCGGCCAGACACCCCCAUGCGGCCAUGGAGGCUGA